CCGGCCGGCCCUUGGCUUUUCGCUCGCUCGCUCUCCUUGGCCCGCCAGUUUAACCAGGUCUCCCACUCCACUGCCUCUUCUCGCCGCCGCGCCUGCUGCUACUACUAUUGCUACCACUAACACUCAGAAUUUCGCUCCCAUCCGUCAUCAGCACCUCACAAUCUCUUCUUCGCCUCUUCCCACAUCCCACCACGCGACUUUCUUCGGACGUUGCUGCAAUCCCUCUGUCCUCUCUCCGUUUGACAGCCAACGUUCCGUUGAAUCUCGUUUGAAAAUUUCCUACCCCUGUUCUAAACUUGCCUUUCCUGGCAACGUCAUAAUCUAAAGCCCCACUACCCACAACCACCAACGACAUCGGAUUGUUGCAAUCACGCUUCUCCCCCACCAAAAGUUAGACGCAACUCCCGUUUUCACUCCGCCCGUUACAAUCUUCACCCUGAGCUCAGACGCAUAACCAUUCUCCGGCGCACAAGAUGGGUCAGACUCUUUCCGAGCCCGUCGUCGACAAGACGUCGGAUUCGGGCCACAAUAAUCGUCUCGCAUAUGGAUUCUCGUGCAUGCAAGGAUGGCGUAUCAGCAUGGAAGACGCCCACGCUUGUAUCUUAGAUCUAAAGCCUGAAGGCGAGGAUGAGCCAAAUGGCGUAGGAUCGGAUAAGACCCCCUACAGCUUUUUUGGUGUCUAUGACGGCCACGGAGGUGACCGUGUUGCUAUCUAUUGUGGAGAGAACGUGCACAAGAUCAUUGCAAGACAGGAAGCGUUCAAGCGUGGUGACAUUGAACAAGCCCUCAAGGACGGCUUUCUUGCAACAGACCGAGCAAUACUUGCGGAUCAUCGGUACCAGGAAGAGGUUUCUGGUUGUACGGCCUCGGUCGGCAUCAUCUCAAAAGACAAAAUCUUUGUUGGCAAUGCGGGUGACUCGCGAACCGUUCUCGGCGUCAAGGGCCGAGCAAAGCCGCUGUCUUUUGACCACAAGCCGCAAAACGAGGGCGAGAAAGCAAGAAUAUGUGCCGCAGGCGGUUUCGUCGACUUUGGACGAGUCAAUGGCAACCUCGCGUUGUCCCGUGCCCUCGGUGACUUCGAAUUCAAAAAGAGCCCCGAGCUUUCGCCCGAGCAGCAAAUCGUGACCGCUUUUCCGGACGUUAUUGUGCACGACAUUUCUGAUGACGACGAGUUCCUAGUCAUCGCCUGUGACGGUAUCUGGGAUUGCCAAUCAUCUCAGGCUGUGAUUGAGUUUGUGCGCCGUGGCAUUGCCGCGAAGCAGCCCUUGGAAUCGAUUUGCGAGAAUAUGAUGGACAACUGCUUGGCCUCUAACAGCGACACUGGUGGUGUCGGGUGCGAUAACAUGACCAUGGUCAUUGUCGCCUUGCUUCGAGGAGAGGAGAGCAUGGAUGACUGGUACAAGAAGGUUGCGGACCGGGUAGCUAAUGGCGAUGGCCCUUGCGCUCCGCCCGAGUAUGGCAAGUCCUUUGAACACCUCAAACCCCCGUGCCAUCGAAUCUCGGAAGAUUACGAUGUCGACAUGGACCACCGCGGUCACCGAUUUGGCGAGCGGUCUGGCCGCAUCAUCUUGCUCGGUGAUGGGACCGAGGUCUUGACCGACUCCGACGAUGCAGAGAUGUUUGACCAUUCUGAGGAAGACAAGGACCUCGCGAGCCAGGUUGACAAACGCCAUGCCAACUCGGACGAAGACAAUGCGGACGCGGAGAAGGAGAAGGAGCAACCCGCAGCGGAAUCUCACGAAUCUUCGGGCCCUUCUCAAGAAUCAUCCACUUCUGAGGAGCACAAGCCUUCUUCUGACAAAUAG